AGCCCCGCCCCGGGGGGUGCGGUCGCUCUAGGCCCGCCGGCCGCUCUCUAUGGUCGCGCGCACCGAGUGUUGUCAUCGGCGGAGCGACAGCCGGAGGCAGCGGCGUAGGCUCCGGCGGGGCGUUUGGUUUCGGUUUGGCCCUGACUGGAAUUAGUGUUGACGGUCGAAAUGGGAGUCCCCAAGUUUUACCGAUGGAUCUCAGAGCGGUAUCCCUGUCUCAGCGAAGUGGUGAAAGAGCAUCAGAUUCCUGAAUUUGACAACUUGUACCUGGAUAUGAAUGGCAUUAUACAUCAGUGUUCCCAUCCUAAUGAUGAUGAUGUUCACUUCAGAAUUUCAGAUGAUAAAAUCUUUACUGAUAUUUUUCACUACUUGGAGGUGUUAUUUCGCAUUAUUAAACCUAGGAAAGUGUUCUUUAUGGCUGUUGAUGGUGUGGCUCCUCGAGCAAAAAUGAACCAGCAGCGUGGAAGGCGUUUUAGGUCAGCAAAGGAGGCAGAGGACAAAAUUAAAAAGGCAAUAGAAAAAGGAGAAAUUCUUCCUACAGAGGCCAGAUUUGACUCCAACUGUAUUACACCAGGGACUGAAUUCAUGGCCAGGUUACAUGAGCAUCUGAAGUAUUUUGUAAAUAUGAAAAUUUCUACAGACAAGUCGUGGCAAGGAGUUACCAUUUACUUCUCAGGCCAUGAGACUCCCGGAGAAGGAGAGCAUAAAAUCAUGGAAUUUAUCAGAUCCGAGAAAGCAAAACCAGAUCAUGAUCCAAACACCAGACACUGUCUUUAUGGUUUAGAUGCUGACUUGAUUAUGCUUGGAUUAACAAGUCAUGAGGCACAUUUCUCUCUUUUAAGAGAAGAGGUUCGGUUUGGUGGUAAAAAGACACAAAGGGUAUGUGCACCAGAAGAAACCACAUUUCACCUCCUACACUUAUCCUUAAUGAGAGAGUAUAUUGACUAUGAGUUUUCAGUAUUAAAAGACGAGAUCACAUUUAAAUAUGAUAUUGAAAGGGUAAUAGAUGAUUGGAUUUUGAUGGGAUUUCUUGUUGGUAAUGAUUUUAUCCCUCAUCUACCUCAUUUACAUAUUAACCAUGAUGCACUGCCUCUUCUUUAUGGAACAUAUAUUACCAUCCUACCAGAACUUGGGGGUUACAUUAAUGAAAGUGGGCAUCUUAACUUACCUCGAUUUGAGAAAUACCUUGUGAAACUAUCAGAUUUUGAUCGAGAGCACUUCAGUGAAGUUUUUGUGGACCUAAAGUGGUUUGAAAGCAAAGUCGGUAAUAAGUACCUCAAUGAAGCAGCAGGUAUUGCAGCAGAAGAAGCCAAGAACUACAAGGAAAAGAAAAAGUCAAAGGGCCAGGAAAAUUCCUUAUGUUGGGCUGCUUUAGACAAAAAUGAAGUGGUCAAUUCUAAGGAUAACUUAGAAGAUGAGACUGAAGAUGAUGACCUAUUUGAAACUGAGUUUAGACAAUAUAAAAGAACAUAUUACAUGACAAAGAUGGGAGUUGACUUAGUAUCUGAUGGCUUCCUGGCUGAUCAAGCUGCAUGCUAUAUUCAGGCAAUACAGUGGAUUUUGCACUAUUACUACCAUGGAGUUCAGUCCUGGAGCUGGUAUUAUCCCUACCAUUAUGCACCUUUCCUAUCUGAUAUACACAACAUCAGUACACUCAAAAUUCAUUUUGAACUAGGAAAACCUUUUAAACCAUUUGAACAACUUCUUGCUGUACUUCCAGCAGCUAGCAAAAAUUUACUUCCUACAUGCUACCAGUAUUUGAUGACCAGUGAAAAUUCACCAAUUCUGGAAUAUUACCCAACUGAUUUUAAAACUGACCUAAACGGGAAACAACAAGAAUGGGAAGCUGUGGUACUAAUACCUUUUAUUGAUGAGAAGCGAUUAUUGGAAGCUAUGGAGACAUGCAAUGACUCCCUCAAAAAUGAAGAGAGGAAAAGAAACCAACACAGUGAGUGCCUAAUGUGCUGGUAUGAUAGAGACAUACAGUUCACCUACCCCUCUCCAUGGCCAGAAAAGUUUCCUGCCAUAGAACGAUGUUGCACAAGGUAUAAAAUAAUAUCACUGGAUGCUUGGCGUGUAGACAUAAGCAAGAACAAAAUAACCAGGGUUGAUCAGAAGGCAUUAUAUUUCUGUGGAUUUCCUACUUUGAAACAUAUCAAACACAAAUUUUUUUUGAAGAAAAGUGGGGUUCAAGUAUUCCAGCAAAGUAGUCGUGGAGAAAACAUGAUGUUGGAAAUCUUAGUGAAUGCAGAAACAGAUGAGCUUAGUAUAGAAAAUGUAGCUUCAUCAGUGCUUGGAAAAUCUGUCUUUGUUAAUUGGCCUCAUCUUGAAGAAGCUAGAGUUGUUGGUAUAUCAGAUGGAGAAACUAAGUUUUACCUGGAAGAAUAUCCAGGAACACAGAAACUUUAUUUGGGAAGAACUGCCCCACCAUGUAAAGUGGUCUGUCUUGGAGACAAAGAACAAUCUAACUGGACAAAAGAAGUACAAGGAAUUUCAGAAUACUACCUGAGAAGAAAAGGAAUAGUAAUAAAUGAAACAUCUGCAGUUAUAUAUGCUCAAUUACUCACAGGUCGUAAAUAUCAAAUAAAUCAAAAUGGUGAAGUUCGUCUAGAGAAACAAUGGUCAAAACAAGUUCUUCCUUUUGUUUAUCAAACUAUUGUCAAGGACAUCCAAGCUUUUCACUCCCGUUUCUCCAGUAUCAAAACAUUGGAUGAUUUGUUUCCUCCUAGAAGUAUGGUCUUUAUGCUGGGAACCCCCUAUUAUGGCUGCACUGGAGAAGUUCAGAAUUCAGAGGAUGUGAUUACAGAAGGUAGGAUUCGUGUCAUUUUCAGCAUUCCAUGUGAACCCAAUCUUGAUGCUUUAAUACAGAACCAGCAUAAAUAUUCUGUGAAGUACAAUCCAGGAUAUGUGUUGGCCAGUCGCCUUGGAGUGAGUGGAUACCUUGUUUCAAGGUUUACAGGAAGUAUUUUUAUUGGAAGAGGAUCUAGGAGAAACCCUCAUGGAGACCAUAAAGCAAAUGUGGGUUUGAACCUCAAAUUCAACAAAAAAAAUGAGGAGGUACCUGGAUAUACUAAGAAAGUUGGAAAUGAAUGGAUGUAUUCAUCUGCAGCAGAACAACUUCUUGCAGAAUACUUAGAGAGAGCUCCAGAACUAUUUAGUUAUAUAGCCAAAAAUAGCCAAGAGGAUGUGUUCUAUGAAGAUGACAUUUGGCCUGAAGAAAAUGAGAAUGGUGCUGAGAAAGUUCAAGAAAUUAUUACUUGGCUAAAGGGACAUCCUGUCAGUACUUUGUCUCGUUCUUCUUGUGAUUUACAAAUUCUGGAUACAGCUAUUGUUGAGAAAAUUGAGGAAGAAGUUGAAAAGUGCAAGCAAAGAAAAAACAAUAAGAAGGUACGAGUGACAGUGAAGCCCCAUUUGCUGUACAGACCUUUAGAACAGCAACAUGGAGUCAUUCCUGAUCGGGAUGCAGAAUUUCGCCUCUUUGACCGUGUUGUGAAUGUGAGAGAGAACUUCUCAGUUCCAGCUGGCCUGCGGGGCACCAUCAUAGGAAUUAAAGGGGCUAAUAGAGAAGCUGAUGUACUGUUUGAAGUAUUAUUUGAUGAAGAAUUUCCUGGAGGCUUAACCAUAAGGUGCUCACCUGGUAGAGGUUAUCGAUUGCCAACAAGUGCCUUGGUGAACCUUUCUUAUGGGAGUCGCUCUGAAACUGAAAAUCAGAAGUUGACAGCUAUUGUGAAACCACAACCAACUGUGAAUCACUAUAGCUCAAAUGCAUCAGUUUCUCCUGGGCAUUUGGGAGGCCUGAAUCAUUCCCCUCAAUCACUUUUUGUUCCUACUCAAGUACCUACCAAAGAUGAUGAUGAAUUUUGCAACAUUUGGCAGUCUUUACAGGGAUCUGGAAAGGUUCAGCACUUUCAGCCAGCUCUGCAAGAGAAAGGUUCAGUUCUACCUCAAGAAAUAAGUCAAGUGACUCAACAUCAUAAAUCUGACUUUAAUGACAACAGUAUGAAAUGUCAGCAAAGAAAACAUGAGCAUCCCAGAAAAUUUAAAGAAGAGUAUAAGAGUCCUAAAACUGAUAGUCGGUCACAAAAAAUGUCAAAUAAGCAGCAUAACCAUGGAAUUGAGAACUUUUUAGCAUCUUUGAAUAUCUCCACACAAAAUGAAGUACAGUCAUCUCAUCAUGAAGCACUUACAAGUGAAGAACAUUUGUCACCACAGUCAUUUGCUAUGAAAGGAACUCGGAUGCUUAAAGAAAUUCUAAAAAUUGAUGGCUCUGACACUGUGGACCGUAAGAACGAAAUGAAGCAGUUUGGUAAUGAAGUCACUGUUUCCUCUAGUAGAGGAAAUGAAUAUGGACUUUCUUCACAGCCUAAACAAAAUAAGAAAUUAACAUCUUAUAUGAACAAGACUCACAGUGCUAGUGAGUACCAUAAUGUUCAGUCUAUGGACAACGCAUGUUGGCCUGCUCCCAGCCAGAUCACUUCUGUGUCCACACCAGUAACUGAACUUUCUCAAAUGUGUUCCCUUGUUGGAAUGCCACAACCAGACUUCUCCUUUCUUAGAACACCACAGACAAUGACAGUUUGCCAGGUAAAAUUAUCUAUUGGCUUACUGGUACAGUGCCAUUCUGAGAACAAAGCCAAGGAAAAAGCCGCACUGUUUGCUUUACAAUUGGGCUCCUUAGGAGUAAAUUUCCCUUUGCGUCCACCAAUAUUUCCAAAUUAUCCUCCUGCUGUAUCACCUGGAUCCAUUCCUCCAGUUUUUCCCCAACCUACUGGCUGGGAUCACUAUGGAAGCAACUUAGCAAUGGGGGCAGCUAAUAUAAUGGCUUCAUCAUCUCAUCUCUUUGGCUCAGUGCCAUGGAGACCACCAGUUCCAGUUCCAGGGAAGCCCUUCCAUCAUACUUUCUAUUCCGGGACCAUGCCCAUGGCUGGCGGAAUGCCAGGUGGUGUGCACAACCAGUUCAUACCUCUACAGGUUACUAAAAAAAGGGUUGCAAACAAAAAGAACUUUGAGAGUAAGGAGGCCCUGAGUUCUCAAGCUACCCCACUUCAGACUAGCGAGCCAGGAUCCUCUGACAUCACCAAAGUGAUUCCACAGGAGAGUUCAUCAGCUUCCUCAAAGUCCUCUCAGAGUACUCAGCCUGCAUCUUCUUUGCAAGCUGAAGCUGCUUCCCAAGGCCAUAUGUCUCACCGUAAGACAACGCCAAACUCUUCCUCAAGAAGAAGAGCAAGAAAACUGGCUGUCAAUUUUGGUGUCUCUAAACCGUCUGAAUAAAUUUGGUACUUAGAAUUAAAUUCUUUCCUUUCCACCCACCUUUUUAAAAAUCCCUAACUGUGUCUCAUAAAAACUUAGAAUGUGCUAUUUUAAAAUAAUACAUUUCAGUUGAUAAUUUUUAAUUUUUUAGUUGUCAGGCACUUUCAUGCUGUGUAAAAACAUAUAUCAAAUUGUGCAUCUUAAAUAUGUACAAUUUGUUUUACAGCAAUUAUACCUCAGUAAAGCUGUAAAAAAAAAAAAAACUAAAUUAAGCCUUGUGUUAAAAUAAUAUCAGUGGACUAAGCAUUAAAAUGUACCAUUCUAACUAUUGGCCUCACCAUUAGACAUACCCUAAACUAUGAAUUAGAUAUCAUAUUGCAAUAAUAAUAAUAAAUGUUUUUUACGCUAUCAUUGAGGGAUAAUUAAAUGGAGCAUGAAAAUUGGGCCUCAAGUAUAAUUUACUGAAUGUGGAUUUCAUUUCUCUUUUUAGUUAUGUAAAAUUGUCAGAAGAAUAUCUCUUAUUUACAAGUAUUUUAAUUUAUGUUCUGUUGUCUUUGAGGUUCCUUUAGACCUGCUGUGAAAUGAUCACACUGUGGUGGUGCUGCCAGUUUUGCUUUAUUCUAAAUUUGUACCAAAGCAACUUUAGAAUAUUGAUCAGAAUACUUCAUUUAACUACUUAGAUCUAUAAAUAGCAAUCUAGAUUUGAGUAAGUAAUUAUAAUUUUUCAGAUUACUCAAAACCAGCAUUAGUAAUUUCUAAUAAAAUUAAGUUUAAAAAUAUACAGGGUACAAUGAUUACAAAUUAAUCUUCUAAUAGAAUAAAGUAAAUAUAUUAAUCAAGUUAAUUAUUGUGUUAAUAAAUUGUGUUAUUCUUUUAUAUAGCUUUUUACCUGCUUAGUCAAAUCCAUGAGAGCUCCAUUGUUGGUCCAUGUGUAGUGUGCUUCCUGGGACUGAUGACAUUCUAAUUUUUUUUUUAUAUUCCAAGGUGUGCUAUAAUAUAGGCACAAUCAGUUUAUGAUAUAUAUUAUUUACAUGACAAAUGCCUAUCUCAUUUUAUUUCCAUAGUUUUAGCUUUAUGCUGAACUGUUCAGUGACUCUGGCAUUUUGUCUUUGCAUGUAUGUGUGGGUGUGUGUUGUUCAAGUUGUGGCUAUUGAAAUUAUUUUAGAAUUUAUGACAAUUCCUCAGUGGUACAUACAGGCCUGAGUUUUUAUAUAUAUAUUUAUCCUUAGUUUUUGUGAUAUGCCUAUAUUUUUAAGGAAAUAAGUUAUCAUACUUUUUUAAAAGUAGGAACCGUAAUCUUUAUAUGGAGCUACUUAUUAUUAUAUCCAGUUUUAUUUAGUUUAUUGAAAACUCUCCCAUGAGUCUUAAAGUAGUGUGUUUUAAAAGACGCCAGUAUUAAACUAAAUGAAUUUUUUCCUCUCACUGCUGAUUUCAGAGUUUCUCUAAAUGUUAAUAGGGUAUUUGUGUAUUAGUAGUGCCUUUAGUAUAAGAGAAAAAUGUUCUUUAUCUGCCAUCAUUAUAGUCAUGGAGUUUCUGUGAUUUAAUUUCUAUUAAUUUCCUAGAUUAAGAUGUUCAUCAGUUCUCAACAUUUCCUUGUCGGGAAUGCUUGUUUAUCUGUAGUGGGGUCUUGAAUAAUGAGGCUCAAGUAAUUCUCAGUGUUUGUCUAUACUGCCUCAUAAACUCUGUCUUAAAAGGAAACUUCUAUUAUGGAAAUACAAUACAAAAACGUUAAGUUGUGGCAAUAAUGUUCUGUUAGCCUCUUAAUACUUUAAACUGUAUCAUAUUUUUUACUUUAUAUAACUGUACAAACCCCAGCAUUCAAGAAUUGCCUCACUCAUCACUUCUGUGUGACCACUCUAUAAACAUGCACCGCCCAGAGCUCAGAGGAAGGAGCGCUGCCGUCUUACAAAAACCCCAAGAUAGAUUCCAGUAAGCAUAGUGCCACUGAACCCUGGGAUAUUGCCACAGAUAUUUGUGCAAAGCAAGUUGACAAUUCUAUAUGGAUAGGCAGUAUAAGUGUUUUCUUUUCAUUCCUUCUUCUCUUAUUUUUCAAACAUAUUAUUCUGAAGGUUGUAAUUAAAAAGAGAUUAAGAUAACAGGGAAAUCCAUAAUGAUAAGUUAGUGUCAGGCAUUCAUCUGUAUUUUUUACCCUUGUAGACCUCUUCCACUUGUGGGCCUGAGGUUCAAUAGAUGUGCCCUCCCUGUGGAGGACAUAAGAGACUGAGGCUGUUCUUACCUCAUAAUAAUCUGGAGAAGAGUGGAUCCUAUAUAGUUUGGGAAACUUAACAAUUUUUCCCUUUUGGAUGGGGCAGACUCAGACCGGAGUUUAGAAAUAAGCCCAUUCAACUGCUGAACCUGCUGUGGGCUCUGUGAAAACUGGACUAUGUAGGGCAUAGAGGAACAGGUUCCCUAAAAUGCUUCAUGUUUCCACAUAGCUAAAAGCUGUUAAACCUAAAUAUCUUCGUUCACUUGUUUUCCUUUUUCUUUUGAGCACAUCAAGUGAAUUUUGAAGAUUGAUCUUUCCAGUCUCAGUCUGCCUUUUCACAAUUUCCUACAUUACCUGGUCAUUACCUGAUUGAUUUGAUUUAAACAUGCAGACUAAAGUCUUAAACACCUGAGAUUUGGUUACAUGAAAAAUUAAUUUCAUCUCUGUGUAUGAAAUUAUAUUUCAUCUUUGGUUUCAAUUUAAGAUUUUCCUUGCUUUUCAGAAGGAUAAGUAGUUCUUCUAGAACUAAAAAGAUAAGGAGGUUUUGGGAUUUUUUUUCCUAAAUGGUAGGAGGAAUGAAGAACUCUUGAUACAGGCUUUUGUUAUUUCCUUUUCUAUGAUCAGGUAUUUGCUUUAGUUUUAGACUGGUAUUUCCAAAUUAAUCUAGAUUCUUGGUUUUAAGGGAGGGUCAGAUAGGAAGGCUGUUGGAGGAAGGAAACCAGUUAAAUAAGACAUAGGCAAGCGCUGUAUUUUCAGACGAUAGCACAACGAAAGAGAUAAGCUACAGGGCUUUUGUAUUCGCUUACUUUUUAACCAUCUGUUCCAUUUGUAUGAAACAAAUCAUAUGUUUUCAUAGUGCUUGUCUAAUUUUUACCUUAAGAUAGAACCGUCCAGAUCUCUACCAAAGUUAGUUUUAACAUGCAUCAUCUCAUUGUUCAGAGAAUCUUUUCUAAAGCAACUAUGCACAAUUUCCCAGCUCUUUGAGCUUGCUAUAUUUCUUAGUGCCAUCUUGCCUCCAAAUUGUGUUUUUAUUGUAGUGAAUUAAUUUAUUGGAAAGAAAUGACCAUGACAGGCAUUCUCUGCCUUUAAAUCAAAAUCCAUCACUGAAGUUCCCUUAUCACUUUUCUAGAGAUAGUACUCAAACCGGCCAUGCUUUUCAUGUACACUUUGUAAGGUUUGUCAGUGACAUCGUCUUUUUUGCAAAGAACUUUCUUUCCUAGGCAAGAUGAAGAUUAAUUUUUCCAGAACUGAAUAUUUUUCUUACUAAGCUGGUUCAUAUUUCCAUCAGACCUCUCCAUCUUCUGCCAGGGAGCAGGAGGGCCCAGUCAACAGACAGGGCAGAGGCCUCAGUGUUAGCAUUCUGAGUUAACAACUCGGACACCACUGAUCCUUCUUCUAGAGAAAGAGAAAAAUGUGUAAAAUAGUUUUAGGAGUUAAGAAUAUCAGCAAUCCAUAGCUGCUUUUUGUGUGUAUGUGUGUGAAUCAACAAUAACGCCUUGCUCAAUCAAUGCAUUCAGCCAUCUUAAGUGCAAUUUGUGAUGGAGACUCUGGUUUCCAAUAAAGUUUUAUGUAAACAUGUAAAAAUUAAUUUUUUCCAGCAGUGCACCUAUUGCUUUUGACUAUUUCAGCAAUUAGUAUAUUAUUCUACUGCCCAGGCCAAAUAAUUACAUUUCUGUGGAUGUUUCAGUAAUCUGAAGCCAAAUUCUCAUACCGUUUCUCACAAAAUAAAAGUGUGGGAAUUUGGCCCACAGUUUGCUUUAAGUUAUUUUAUUAUUUUCUUUCCCUUAUAGUUAAAGGACUUUUUUGUUUGUUUUAGGAUUUUGUUUUGGCGGGGGAGUAGGGGAGUGGUGCCUCAAAUCUCUUACAUUUUCUUUCACCUGCACCCAGUUGCUUCUUUGAGUAUUUUUAUCUAUUUUGAUAUGUGAGUAAUAGAUAAUGUGCUGUAUCAUCAAAGUGUUUGACAUCCUGUUCAUUUAAACAAUAUAAUUAAACAAAAUUUAUACAUAUAUAUCUUAAUUCAUUUCUUUCCUCACAUAGCUAUUUUAUAAGUAACUAGAAUUUUUCAUUAGAUCUUAUACAGAGCAGUAUUUUAUUAAAAAUUCAAAAGGGAAGACUUUUAUGUGCUCAUUUUGUAGUUUUCCUUUUUUAAAUAUCUUUACAUUGUCUGCAAUUAAAGCAUUUUAAACUUGCAUUGGAAUGGACUCUGAAUGUAUUUUUGUGUUGUUGUACAUUUGUAGAUUUCUAGCAUGAAGUUAGCCUCAAAACGCUGUGCAAAAGAUUUUAAAAUAUAAGAGUCACUGAAAGAGUUUAAACAUCUAUACAUGUUAAAUGCUAUAUGGAUUUUAAUUAAACACUUGAGAAUGAUUUCAUAA